AAAAGCGGCUGAUUGAACCGGACCGACCCGACCCAGCCCCAACCCCAACCCACCUGCCCCCCUUUCCGCCUCGCCGCCGGCGAUCGCCGCAGAUGUCAUGGCUCGCCCGCUCCCUCGCCACAUCCCUCAACAUCCCCGACGAUUCCGGCGCCGACGAUGACCCCGACGCCGACGCCGCGGCCUACCCCACCCCUUCCCCCUCCGCGCGCAUCCCGCCGCCGCCGCCGCCGGUACCUCCUCACCCGCCGCAUUCGGCGGCGGCGGAUGGCGUCAAGGAGGACCUCACGGAGCUGUCCAAAACCCUUACCCGCCAGUUCUGGGGCGUCGCCAACUUCCUCGCGCCACCGCCCGGAGAGACCUCGCCGUCGCCAUCACCCUCCCCUCAGUCGGCGGGGGGUCAAUCCGGCGAUGCGGGGACGCCGCCUGAGAUCGCCGGGAUCCGGAACGACUUCGCGGAGAUUGGCGGGAGGUUCAGGAGCGGGAUCUCCCGGAUCUCGAGUCACAAGGCCGUGACUGGGUUCUCUAAGAUGGCCUCCAAUUUCUUCGCUCCUGAAGACGACGAGGAGAGCGAGUGGGAGAAAGAGCGGAGACGACCGAUUAGGUAUGAGGUGGGAGAGGAGGCCGUAAGGCAUGAUGUGGAGGGCGACGAGGAGUGGCAUCAGUGGGAGGAGAGGGUAAGACUUGAGGUGGAGGAUGACCGGUUAGGGCAUCAGUUGGAGAUGGAGAGAGUAAAUCACGAAGAGGAUGGCGAAUUGGAGGCGCAGAGAGUGAGGCAUGAGGAGGGUGGUGAAUUCAGGGAGCAGAGAGUAAGGCAUGAGGAGGAUGGUGAAUUGGAGGAGCAAAGAGUAAGGCACGAGGAGGAGGAGCUGGAGGAGGACUGGGAUGUGAUUGGGAUCACUGAGGAGGUGCUUGCAUUCGCCACAAACAUUGCCAGGCACCCAGAAACUUGGCUUGACUUCCCGCUGCUGCCUGAUGACGAUGAGUCUGAUGGACCAUUCUCAUAUUUUGACAUGUCUGAUGCUCAACAAGAGCAUGCCUUCACUAUUGAGCAUCUUGCCCCCAGAUUAGCAGCUUUGCGGAUUGAACUUUGCCCGAUCCAUAUGAGCGAAGAAUGUUUUUGGAAGAUUUACUUUGUUCUUCUACAUCCUAGACUGAACAAGCAUGAUGCCGAACUUCUAUCUACACCGCAGUUCUUGUUCUUGCAGAUUGUGGAAGCUAGAGCAAUGCUUAUGCAACGCCUGCAAUACCAGUCGAAACUUGAAAGUGAGCAGCUAGGUCAUCAUAAGGAUGAUCUUGGAGUUCAGUUUCGAGAGGACACCUUGAAAGAUGGUACAGAGGCAUUCCCAUUCGUGCGGCAGGAAACUGCUUCUUACAUGCCCAUAACAGAAAUUGAGGUUGAGAAGCACCCCAUCCAAGUAACAGAAGUUGCAGUAGUGGAUAAAUCGGUCAUCAAAGAGGAGCUGCCCAAGGAUCAUACCGAGACCUCAAAUGUUUUGCAAGAUGCCUUUGAUGACGACAUAGAUGAUUGGUUCGAUGAAGAGGCUGAUCUUGCUGGGCACCCAACUAUCCACAUAGGUGACGAGGAAGAUGUCUCUUUUAGUGACUUGGAAGAGGAUGAUGUGAAAUGAUUUAUUUGCAAGCGAGCCUUUGACCUUUUGUAUUGGACUAAAGAAAACCUGUGUAUUGGAAACUGGACUUCUCCGAUGUACAAGAAAAUGGAGAGGUGAAAGUUGCCCGUGAAAAGAAUAGGGCUUACGAUCAAAAGUGAGCGGCUUUGUUUUGCUUCCAAGCUGCCGGGGGUGAACGCACUGUCGUCUUACUACUGCUCGUGAUGUGGUGGUUCACCAGCAUUACGGUUUGUAAUUUUAUUCAUACUCUUGUGUACAUAAGCAUUCGUGAUGUUAAAGUUCAGAACAAUAAAGUUCCAUUCGUUGGUUGUUGCUCAAAGAAUUGCACAUAUAUAAUAUAAAAGAGCAGAAUGAUCAUCAA